AUGGUGUCCCACGGCGAGCCUUCUGGCCGAAUCCUGUCUCCCCUGGCUUCAAACCUUUCCUCAAACGCCACUCUGACACAACUUCUCUCUCCGGUAACCGAUAGUGAUACCAACCAAGACGUCGAAAUGACCCAGGCGACGACUGAAGCCAACUCCACGGACGGAAAAACAGCUUGUGUCUGGGUUGAAUCUGUUGAGUCGGGAUGGCACCAGCUCAAAACCCUUUACAUCUUGACCUAUGACAACCGGCGUCACGACUCCAAGAAACUCAGCAAGGAAGAAAUACAAGGCUAUAUCAAAAAUAUGCGAGCCUACCUACUUCAUCUACUGCACGAAGUAGAGCCAAAGCCUGAAUUCAAAAAGCUUGGCCUCGAUAAGGCACUCGCUUUUUAUUUGCCCCCUGAGUUUCCGCCAACACUGGCAAGAGUGGCCCCCGACUUGUCGAUACUAGCUCGGCAAGUACUUGAGAAAUACGAGAGCGAAGAUUGGGGCAAGGACUUCACAACUCACCAAGGAGAAGAAAGUGAGGCAGAAGAUUUAGGCUCCGCCGUUGCUACGACCAGUACAACGGGUAGAAAUCUUUCUGGCUCCCGCCCUUCCACCAAGACAGUAACAGAAGACAUCCCACUUCCCCCCGUUUCCCAUCCGAUUUGGGGCCUCCAAGGCAUCAUGCAUGGCGUGGCACGCAAGACGACAAAGACAGGCCGUGUUGUUCCUGUUCUGGAUCCUCGCUACCUGAGCGAGAAAUGCAACGCCAAAGCUUUUGGUCACAACGGCCAUAAGCCUGGUGCUUGGUGGGCGUACAUGAUGGCUGCUCUCUUUCAUGGAGUCCACGGUUCGCCUCAACAUGGCAUCACCGGCCAUGCUAAGUUUGGAGCCUACUCUAUUGUUGUUUCAGCAAACUCAGUCUACCGUGACUUGAAUGAGGACAAGGGCACCGAGCUUUGGUACAGCGCGGACAAAAGUACUGAGAAUGCCAACCCUACAAGAAUCGAAACCAGUCCAGAGACAAGAAGUUUGGAGAUGUCAUUGGAGAAUGGCAAGCCGGUGCGGGUGUUGCGAAAGGCAGGAAACACUUCUGAUGCUAGGCACAGUCCCAUCUACCCCACAGUUGGCAUUCGAUAUGAUGGGCUAUACAAGGUCGUCGAUCAAGAAAUAGACACCAACAAACACGGAGGAGCAUUCAAAAAGUUCCAGCUUGUACGUCUUCCGGACUCGGACAAUGCCGGUGUCUCAUGGGAGGAGGUCCAGAGAUACCCAACCAGAGAACAGAUCCGGCAAUUCGACAAGAUCAAGGAUGGAUACUAG